ACCGGAAAUGUCCGUCAGUGGCGGGGAAAGCGUUAAAGGGACACUCCACCAAAAAAUGCUUUGGUUCAGAUGGCAUCUUACUCCAAACACAAGACGACGUGAGCUUUGACUUUGCAGACAUGAAUCUGAUAACUGCACUGCUGUUUUUUCUCUCAGGUCUUUUUGGGGGUUACUCUCUUCUUCCAAGGCAGUUCUUUUAUGUAUCUAAGCUGAUGACUUGGACAGACGCUCAGAGCUACUGCAGACUGAAAUACACAGAUCUGCUUUAUGUGUACUAUGAGGAGGAUCUACAAAAAAUGGCUUCUCUUCUUCCUCUUUAUAGCAAAGCAUGGAUAGGGGGGUUUGAUCUGAAGUCUGAGCCUGAGUCUGACCCACAAAACAGUACUGAAAUAGAAAAAGUGACUCAGAACUGUUUAGCUAUAAAAACUGAUACCUGGCAACUCACCAAAAAGAGCUGCACACUGACAUCUUCAUUUUUCUGUAGCCAAAGUCAAGGCAAAAGGGUUGUGUUGCGAUUUAAAUUGAAUCUUGGUGGACAAGUGGACCUCAAUGACCCUAUAAUAAGAUCGACCAUGUUAGCUAAGAUCAACGAGAAAUUCAACGAAAUUGGGUUUGGUGAUGCUAUCAAAAUGCAGUUGAUCACAAAGCGAGAAACACUGUGGGUGAAAGGAGAAGAUGAAACCUGCACAUAGUUAUUUUUAUUAUUAUUUAUUAUUUUAAAUUCAUUUGUAAAAUAGAAUUGCAAUAAUUUCCUAUAUUCUAAUGACUAGUUAUGCCAUUCAUUGUACAGCCUAAUUUACACACUUUAAAUUUAGGCUACUGUAGGCCUACUGAGCAUUUUGGGUUUGUUAGAAAACCGUGACUCCAUGUUAAAUGAACAGUAGUUGUAUUUAUCUUUUAUUUAACUAUUUUGCUAUUUUAAUCGUAUCCAAUUUAUAUGAUUACUUACAGGAAGCUUCAUCUUUUUUAAAUGCGUAACGUUAUGGCUUCUGGUUCUGAUGGUCAACAGACACCGGAAGUAGGGUGAACUGCAGCCUUUUUAGCGUCUGGAUUGUUUUUAACGUAGGCUAACUGUGCAGAAAGAGGGAUAUAGUAAAGUCAGUCGGUCGUUUGGAAAUUGAAUGGUGUAAAGUGUGAAUUUAGUCAUUUAAUUAUGCUUUCUUUUAGUUGUCGUUUUAGGGACAAUCAUUAUAUCGGCCAGCAGAGGGCGCUAUCACACUGAUUUUCAUCACACAAAACACGGCCGUAUUCACGCUCUGCACGAUAUGUAGUAUAGCCUAUAAAUAUUGAUAUGAAAUAACUCAAUGAAAUAAAAUGUAUUAAUUAAACAAAGAGUGAGUAUCUGUUUUCACGUGCCAAGAGAGCAGCUCUGACCAAGAGUCAGUGGCCAGUUUCAACAAACUUGCACACAGAAUAGGAUUUGUGCUGCCAUUCAGGUCAGGAAAAACAAAGAAAUUGCGUACAAUAUUAAUAAAGAUAAAUCGUAAAGGUGUGUGCAUCAAAGGCAUUAUAAAACAGACUUUUAUGGCUUUUUGUUCUUAGUCGCAUUCCACGGCAUCAGUGAAAUGGCUGGUUGUGCCUGUUUAACCCCUUAGAUGGGAUGGGGAGAGGGUGGUGGGUGGAUGUCAACUUAAAAGGUUACUUAAGGACUCAACAAAGAUAUAAAUUAACUGAGACAAAAAUAAUAAUAAUCAUGUUGUGGAGGUUUAAAUUACUGGGGUCAAAUUGACUCCAGUGGGUAAAAAAUGUUAUCAGAUUUGAGGAGGGUUAACAAUAGGCUACCUUGUGCCAAAUAGCUUUUUGGUGUUGUGGGUAAAUACAAUCAUUGCAUGUUUGUAACAGUUUGUCGUGUGUAAUCUGAAAGCUAUUCCAUGCAAUUUUAAAACAUAUCAGCUGUGGGCCUAAUCGAAAAUGUAUGUCUGUGACGCACAUAAUACGGCAUUCUGAGGAGGAAAAAAGCAAACCCUGCCCACCAUCUGCGUCAAGUCACACCAUGAGUGGUUUCCAAGCGUUUUCACAAAUGUUGGAUUUUGAAGCUCCCACCUCCUACAUGAUAGCACAGUCGAUUCAAUUCUACAAUAGUGACAUCUAAUUGAUGCUUUACUUAAUUUAUUUGUUUGACCAAGUUUCCUUGACUUUCGGGUCACAUUGGGAUUUUUUCAUUCAAU